UAAUCAGUUCCUUCUUUCCUAUUCGAUCGAACUAUUCUCAAAAGUCUUUCGUUUGUCUUAAAUAUUUUAAUUUUUUUCUUUCGUGUGUGAAGGCUUACUGAAUUAAGCAGUUUACCGACAGUCUUUAUCUUUAUCUUUAUCUAUUAAUAUAGAAAUAAAAUUAGGAAUACAUCAUGUUCCGAUUUAUCGCUCUCACUGCCCUCGUGGCCCUCUCUGGCGCACAACAAUACAAAGAUCCAAAGCACGCCGCAAUUAUCAGCGAGCAGAGAUACUUAAGUGGUAACGGACAAUUCGGUGCCGCAUAUACUCAAGAAGAUGGAACUGACUUCAAAGAAGAAACCGACGAGCAAGGAAACAGACGUGGUGAAUACAGCUAUGUCGAUCCAACUGGUCAAGUUCGUAAAGUUUCAUAUGUUGCCGGCAAAAAUGGAUUCCAAGCUACUGGAGAUCAUUUGCCAGUCGCACCACCAGCACCACCACAAGCUGCCCCUCAACCACAAUAUCAACCAAACUCAAAUGCUCCAGCAUACAGAGAUCAAUAUGAUACAUCAGACCAAUUCGAUGAUGGUUCAUAUGAUGAACGUUGGAACAAUCCAGGAUAUCGUGGAGAUGGACGUCAACAAGCUGCCCCAGCUCCAGUCCACAGACCAGCACCAGCUCCACAACAAUCAUAUAACUAUCAACAACAACAACAACAGCCUCAAUACCAACAACCCCAACCCCAAUACAAUCAACAACCCGCUCCAGCUCCACGUCAACAAAAUUACAAUGUCCCAGCUCCAAAUUAUGUUGACACAACCCCAAGUCCAAACCGAUUCUUCCCACCUGGUAAAUUGAGCCUCAACCGUACACCUGAUGGUUACUCAUUCUCAUUCAAUAAGUCUUAAAUUCCUCUUACUUUAAAAAGCUCUUUUAUUUUCUCGUCCUAUUCACGCAUAUACACAUACUCAUGUAUAGACUUUACUACUUUCUACUUUUAUUCUUAGUUUUAUAAUUUAUUUUACUUUAGACUCAUUUGAUGUGCCUGUUUUUGGACACUGACGAUGAUGAUACUUUUGAGAUUGAAACAAAAAUUCUCCCCUUGCCACGAAUUUCAUCAGAUUUUCUUGAAACUCAACCUUAAGAUCCAAAUCCUAUGAAUUCCAACCUAGAAUCAUUUAUUCUAUCCAAAAUUUUGAAAAUUCCUCAAACUUCCUGAAGAAAAUCCCGAAAAUUCUGAUGAAAUUCUCGCAAGGAACCAACCAUACUUGGAGCAAAUUUUUGUUAAAUUUUGAGAGAGAAUUAAUUAAGAAAUCUAACAAUUGAAUGUUUAUUGGUUGCUUACUAACCGAUGAUGAUUAAGUCAUGCAUUUAAAACACAUUAAAUCAUCAAUUAGUGUAUGUUGCCACAUGCUACGUCACUAAGACCAACCAUAAAUCUAUCAUUGCCUUCCAUUUUCCUAUCCUAACCUUCCGCACUUUUGUCACUGUCUUUUUGUGUCUAAUCUAUCUAUAUCUGUCACUUUCAUGUUUUAUUCAUUUCUCCUUCCUAAUUUCCAAUUUUCAAUUUUCAUCAACUAUUGUCUGUUCCUACUCUCCUUCCUACUUACUAUGUCUGUAAUUCCUUUCUCUCGAUAACAAGAAAAAAAUGAAGAAGAAAAAAAAUCAAAAAAAAAAAUAAUACUCAAGUCAAAGAAUGAAAAAAGUAAUGAAUUAAAUGCAAUUGUAAAUAGAGAUUUCUUAUAGCGAGGAAAUAAACAUUUGUUGAUAUUGUGAUAAAUAAAUCUGCUG